UAAAUCAGAACAUACACGUCGCAAACGUCACCAAAAAAAAACGUCGAAAACAAAUUAUUGGUAAAUUUCAUAUAAAUAAAAUGUUGAAUUAAUCGCAGCCACCGUACUGCUAUCGUGCGUAUAUGUGGGCGAGAGUGUGCGUGUGUGUGUGCAUGUCUGUGUGUGUGUGCGCCGUGUCCAAGUGGCAGUAAAACAUACAAUACAUAUGUGAGAAGAGAACACUGCACCAACAACAACAGCAAACGCAAAUUGUGAAAAGUGGAAGCCAGUUAGGUGCAAUUAAAGAGUAGCCUGAACCUAGCACAAGCACAAUGUCACUGCCGGGCAACGGUAUUUAUGUGGUGCGCGGUGAAAUGGCCACCUUAAUGACGGCCAUGCGACGUGGAACACGCUGGAAUGCAACAGCCUACGUGGACGAGGAGAAGGAUGCGUUACUCAAGCUCUUCAUCGAUCUGAAGCAAAUACUAAAUCGCAUUGAGGAUUUGCGUUUGAUUGAACCAAAUGUGUUUCUGGCGCCUUUUCUCGAGGUGAUUCGCACAGCGGACACCACAGGGCCAUUGACUAGUCUUGCCCUAGCCUCGGUUAACAAAUUCCUGUCGUAUGGCCUUAUUGAUCCCACUACUCCAAAUCUGGCUGUGAUUGUGGAGCUGAUUGCGGACGCUGUCACGCAUGCUCGCUUCAUGGGCACCGAUCAAUCGUCGGAUAGCGUCACCUUUAUGCGUGUCAUCGAAGUGCUGCACACAUUGAUCCGAAGUCCCGAAGGGGCUGCCGUCAGCAAUGAGUCCAUGUGCGAGGUGAUGCUCAGUUGCUUUAAAAUUUGUUUUGAACCGCGCCUCAGUGAAUUGCUGCGACGCUCGGCCGAGCAGUCGCUCAAGGAUAUGGUGCUGCUAUUCUUUAUGCGUUUGCCACAAUUCACGGAGGACCGUAGUGACACUGUUCUACAAAAGCGAUUCACCAUCUCAGAAGCAGCUGGUGCACCUCCUGAGAAACAUAAACGCAAAACAUCACAGUCGCUCGCUGUGCAGCAGAAGGCAUCGACAGGCGAGGAGCCGCCACAGACACCUCAGAGCACGCUCGCUGCACCGGCGCAUUUAAAGGCGUCCAUUCUGGCGACAACGCCUGCAUCCCCAGCUGGCAAUAUCUUAGAUAUGCAGGGCAAGAUCACGCAAACGCCAACAACAACAACAACAGCAGCCACAGCACAACUAGAUGCACCAGUUGAUGUGCCAGCUAUUCAAGUCGAGCAGUCAGCGGAGCCGGAGGCAACUGCUGAUUGCGAUGACGUGUCGUCGACGGCGGUGGCCACGCUGACCGAAGCGAACAGCAGUGAAUACAUCAACUCGGUUGGAGUUCGUUUUACGCAGCAAACAUCUGCGGAGGAUUCGGCUGCAUUGUCCGCCACAUUGACGCCAUAUGGUCUACCUUUUAUUCAGGAAUUGUUUCGAUUUCUAAUCAUUCUGUGCAAUCCUCUGGACAAACAGAAUUCGGACAGCAUGAUACACACGGGUCUGAGCUUGCUAACCGUUGCUUUUGAGGUGGCCGCCGACAAUAUUGGCAAAUACGAGACGCUGUUGGCGCUGGUUAAGGAUGAUUUGUGCAGGAACUUGAUAUCUCUGUUGACUUCGGAACGUCUGAGCAUCUUUGCUGCUGAUUUGCAGCUUUGCUUUUUGCUCUUUGAAUCGCUGCGCGGUCAUCUAAAGUUCCAGUUGGAGGGCUAUCUGAAAAAGUUAAGUGAAAUUAUUGCCAGUGACAAUCCGAAAACUCCAUACGAGAUGCGCGAACUAGCACUUGACAAUCUGCUGCAGCUGUGGCGUAUUCCAGGCUUUGUCACUGAACUGUACAUAAAUUACGACUGCGAUUUGUACUGCACCGAUAUGUUUGAGAGUCUCACCAAUCUGCUGAGCAAGUACACGCUUUCUGCCACAAAUGCGGUGUACAGCACUCACAUCAUCUCCAUGGAUACAUUGAUCAGCGUCAUCGAUUGCAUUGAGCGCAAUUGUGCUGCAGCUAAAAACAACGCUUCUGUUGUCCAAGCAGCAGCAUCGCAACCUAAUGUUGGUGGCAGUCGGCAUUCGCGUCACAACAGCGGGCUCGAGGGGAUUGUUAUCGACAAUGGCGAGGAGCCGGUCGAGAAUAUUGCGAGCUUCAUUAACAGCAGUUCGCAGCGUCUGCGAUUGCAAUCAAAGAGCAUGAGUGGCGACAUUACCAGCGAACAGCUGGUCAACGUUAAGGAGAAGAAACGACUGCUGUCUAAGGGCACCGAGUGGUUUAAUCAGCGCCCCGACAAAGGUAUACAAUACCUGCAGGAGCAUGGCAUACUCCAUGCCCAACUCGAUCCCAUGCAGGUGGCGCUCUUUCUGCGUGAGAAUCCAGGUCUCGACAAGAAAAUGAUUGGCGAAUAUAUUUCCAAAAAGAAGAAUGUGGACUCGAAGAUUCUAAUCAAUUUCGUCGACUCGUUCGACUUUACGGGACUCCGCGUAGAUCAGGCGCUGCGUCUCUAUUUGGAGACGUUCCGUUUGCCCGGUGAAGCACCUUUGAUAUUCCUCGUCCUGGAGCACUUUUCAGAUCAUUGGCACAAUCAAAACAAGGAGCCAUUUGCCAAUACGGAUGCCGCCUUUCGCUUGGCGUAUGCCAUCAUUAUGCUGAACAUGGACCAGCAUAAUUCCAAUGCCAAGCGUUUGAAUGUGCCAAUGACUCUGGAGGAUUUCACAAAGAAUUUGCGUGGCCUAAAUGGUGGUGAGGACUUUGAUCAAGAGAUGCUGGGACAGAUAUUCAAUGGCAUUAAAAAUGAGGAGAUUGUGAUGCCUGCUGAGCAGACUGGACUCGUGCGUGAAAACUACUUGUGGAAGAUGCUGUUGCGACGCGGCGCCACCCACGAUGGUCACUUCCACUAUGUGCACGACGCCAGUUACGAUGUGCAAAUCUUUAACAUUGUUUGGGGCGCCUCAUUGAGUGCGCUCAGCUUUAUGUUUGACAAGAGCACCGAGACGGGUUACCAGCGCACCUUGGCUGGCUUUAGCAAAUCUGCAGCUAUAUCGGCGCAUUAUAAUCUUCAUGCUGAUUUUGAUGCACUCAUUCUGACUUUGUGCAAAUUUACAACAUUGUUGAGCAGCGUCGAGCAACACGAACCGGUGCCGGCAAACAACGAGAUUCAACAGGCGGUCAACUUUGGACUCAAUGCCAAGGCGCAGUCGGCAAUGCGAACUGUAUUUCUGCUAGUGCACGGUUAUGGGGACUGUUUGCGUGAGAGUUGGAAGCAUAUUUUGGAUCUGUUUCUGCAGCUAUUCCGCCUGAAACUGCUGCCCAAAACUCUCAUCGAGGUGGAGGACUUUUGCGAGCCCAACGGCAAGGCUUUGCUCAUAUUGGAGAAACCACGCGAGAAACAAGAGCAAAGUCUGUUCUCCAGCUUGUAUUCGUUCAUCAGCUCAGAAGGGCAGCGUGAGCCAACGUACGAAGAGCAGGACUUUAUCAAGCAUGGACGAAAGUGCAUCAAGGAGUGUCAACUAGAUCAAAUGCUGCAAGAGUCCAAGUUUGUACAACUGGAGUCGCUGCAGGAGCUACUGAAAUGUGUGCUGUCGCUGAUAAAAGCGCCAGAGGCGCCAAAAUCUUCUGGCCAGGCAUAUGCCGAAGAUAUCACCGUUUUUUGGAUGGAGUUUCUGGUCAAGAUUGUAGUACAUAAUCGGGAUCGCAUGAUUCCCCUGUGGCCCGCGGUGCGUGAUAAAAUGUAUCAACUUCUACAUGGUAGUGCCCAGAAUGGUUACGAUUAUCUACUCAAUCGUUGCAUUGUGGCAGUGCUCAAGCUGGCAAUCUAUUUGAUGCGGAACGAGGAGCUCUGUCCCAUUGUGCUUCAAUCUCUCAAAAUGCUGUUGACACUUAAACCGGUGCUCUUGCUGCGCAUCUCCAAGCAAGUCUCAAUUGGAAUCUAUGAGCUGCUUAAAACUUCGGCGCAAAACAUUCACUCCGAGCAGGAUUGGCAGAUAAUCUUCAAUUUGCUUGAGUGUGUGGGCGCUGGCGCUGUGCCGCCCAACUUUGAGGAUGCACUGCAACAACAACAACAGCAGCAGCAGACCAAUGGCCACGCCGCAUCGGAUGGCGCCUUGAGCGGGGAGGAGGAUGCCACAGGAGCAGCAGUGGAUCGGGGUUAUACAUCUGAUUCGGAGCUGAGCAAAGCGACUAGCACUGUGGCAGCUACCUCGAGUCCCAGCGCAGAGAACUGGAUACUGGUCAACAAUAAGGACAGCGAGCUAACGACAGCAUCCAGGCCACAAUCACCGCCUAGCUCAAGCACGCCCGUGGCAAGCACAUUGGUAUUCAAUUGCCAACUGCUGGAUCAUGCGCCCUUCGCGCUAUUUAAGUGCUGGGACUCGCUGGCCUUUAUUGUGCGGAGCGUCGCUCACAUUACGCCCUACAACUUUGAGGCGUGCGUACGUUGCAUACGCAUCUUUGUCGAGGCCUGUCGCGAUGGCGGCAUACGUCAGCGUCGCAAAUUCGAGUCGGUUGCCAAGAAGCGCAACGUGAAGAAGCGGCAGGAUUACUCUCGAGAACUUAGCGGCACCAUGUCGAUAUCCACUGGAAAUCUAACUUCGCUGGCUGAUGGAACUGAUAGUCAGCAACCAAAUGCCGCCGAGCAGGAGGAGUUGGCGCAGCGCUAUGAGCAACUGUCCAUACAGCUGUUAGAUCUGAUGUACACAUUGUAUACGCGCACAGCGCAAAUCUUCCGCUGGUGGGCCGAGGAGGGAUGCACGGUGCCACAGUCGGCGGCUCUCUGGACUCCUGGCUGGUGUCCUCUGCUGCAGGGCAUCGCUAGGCUGGCCAUGGAUCGGCGGCGUGAGGUGCGCACACAUGCCAUCUCCUGUCUUCAGCAACGUGCGCUCUUGGUGCACGACUUGCAGACCCUGUCGGGAGCGGAGUGGAGCUCCUGCUUCCAGCAUGUGCUGUUCCCGCUGCUCAAUGAGCUGCUGCCAGAGAGUGCGUCGGCUGCCCAGCUAGAUGCAUCGUUGUUGGAGGAGUCACGCAUACGCACGGCCACGAUUAUGUCGAAAAUGUUUCUACAGCAUCUGACGACACUCAUCGAGCUGGGUGGCACCUUCAAUGAGUUGUGGCUCGACAUUCUCGGCUACAUUGAGCGCUUUAUGAAGGUGGGAUCGGACACGCUAUCGGAGCAGAUGCAGGAGAUACUGAAAAACAUGUUGCUGGUAAUGCAUUCGGUGCGUGUGUUUCACAAUCAGGACGGAACACUGCAACAGGCGCUUUGGGAGCUGACUUGGCGUCGCAUUGGUGAAUUUCUGCCCAAUCUUAAAUCGGAGCUGUUCCACGACGAAGGCAAGCGAGCUCAAACAUUGACCAACAAUGCCAGCGCUCAGCAGGUGCUACAGUUGCCCCAGGUGGAAAUACUGCCUAGUCCGACACCAUUGACAACAGAAUUGGGUAUUGGUUUGCCAGUGACAGCAACUGCUCCGACUGAAGUGAUUCCAACUGCGGCUGCUGCUACUCCAAUGCCUGUGGCUCCUUCUCUAACAGCGAGUGUUGUGGCCACACCCAUCCUAGCAUCACCUGUCGAAUCGCCAAGGCGCAGCAUUAUUCUACAGCCGCCGAUGGCUGAAGCCUUGCAGCAAGCCCCCAGCUUUAUAUUUGCUCAGCCACUGCAGCCCGCCGAGUUGCAGAGCUACACGAAUGGCAGUAGCAGCGUCAACACAUCGCUGCCCGAUCUGGUAAAUGAAGCCGCAGCAGCAGCAACGUAUACGACACCCGUGCACAGACCUUUGGAAUCGCCACAACGAUCACAGCCAAGCACUCCCGUCGUCAGUAGCAACAGCAGCAGUUAUGCCAUUGAGUUGCCAGCGACACCGCCAAGUUAUCAUGAACAACAGCAGCAGCAGCUACUGUAUCAGCAAUACCAGCAGCAGCAGCAGCAGUACCAACAACAGUUGCAGGCGCAACAGCAACAACAGCAGCAGCAGCAGCACCAACAACAGACUAAUGAUGUGCCACUGAGCCAUUUACUGGCGAACAAUGCAUAUCCAUCGCUGGCCAGGAUGCCGAAUGCAUCGAUAGUGCACAGCUUUGCGCCAGUUUAUGAAUCAGCUCCACCUGCGUUGCAGUCGGCGAAUGUGGCAGCUGAUAUCUAUCAGGAGUAUGUACAGAAUCCUUACAAUUUAACCUUGCAACAAGCACACAGUCCACAGCAUGAUCAGCAGAUACAGCAGCAACAAUUGCCACAGGCAUUGGCCCAACAACAACAACAACAGCAUCUACAACCACAACCGGCAGUUGCCUCGCCCGCCAAUUACUUUAGCGCCAAUAUCGAUCCCAGCAAGAUACCACCUGGCUCCGAAUUACUCUAUGGCCAGCAAUAGAUGAAUAAAGCUUAAGCAGUUGUCGACGCCAGAGAUGAAAAGAAAUUCAUAUCUUGUGGUCCUCUUUACUUCUCAUCUGUUUUAGGCAUUUUUAUUUUGUGUCCUCUUUUUAAAAAUGAAAAACUUGUAGUUUAAUUCAAA